AUGGCCCAUCGUCGACCUGGCACCUUCGAGUCUUCAAGCUCAUCAGAAUCAGACUCUGAUUCAGCGUCAUCUUCCUCAACUCCAGUACAGAAAUCUAUUCGCAGUACUGAGCUCUUGAAGGGGAGAAAACAUAAGCGUAAGUCGUCAGGCAACGAUAACGACGACGAGACAAAGAAUUCAAAACGUCCUCGAUCGCCAAAAAAGGAUGCGGAGCCAAGCCACUUAGAACACACCGAGAACCUAGGAGAGAUGCACCUCAGUGAAGUGCAACAAGUAGUCAUUACUGCCAUUCACGCAACUGAUCUCACCAUUGGUCUCCGACGGAUCCCCGCUGGCUUUCAUAUGGUGGUCAAGGCUGACGGUGCCGAAUACCAGACAAGCGAUAAAUCCGCACACGUAGACCAGGCUGUCGUUGAAUGGCACGAGUGCAUUCUUCUGCCGCGCGAGCCAUCAUCUAAAGUUCGGGUCAGCGUGUAUGCCACAUUUGAAUUAGGCCCCAGGCUCUGUCACGGAGAUCUCCUCCGCACAUUCGAGAUCUCUGUCGGAGAAUUACUGGAUCGCAGCGAAAAAUCUCAUCGCAUCAUUUUUCAGCCAAAGCAGGGGGAAGUUGUAUCUGCUUGUACUUCACUGUUUAUGACAGUGGAUCAGCGACUUUCUAAUCAAAAUGACGCCGGGGUUCUUUGCCGCCUUACUACCCUUACAUCUCGCGAUAUGGAUACGUUAGCACUAAAGACAGAUGCCGGACACCGUCUUCUCGCGCGAUACCGCAGGACGCAGAACAGAAGUGAUCUGGACCAAUCCAUAAAGCACUUCGAACGUGCCUCGGAUCUCUGUCCCAUGCACCAUUUUUACCGCCCUGCAGCACUGUUUAAUCUAGCCACCGCAAAGUUCAUCAGUUGUCAAGCUAACGGAAGAUACCUUGACGACAUACCUAUCCAUCUUUUUCAAGACGCACUUGAUUUGCGUCCCACUGGUCAUGCAGAUCGACCCAUCACCCAGCUCCAUCUGGCGAUUGCUCUGCUCUUUCGCUUCGCGAAACGGGGAUUUCAAACCGAUGCUGAUGCAGCUAAAAAGUUGCUGAGCGAAGUGCUCGAUGUUUGCCACGCCAACAGCCACAUUUACAGAGCAGCUUUUAUCGCACUCGAAACAUCCGCUAUACAUUCUGCUGGAAACAACAAUACAAAUGAACUUGGGCAGGAGCGGUCCACGGCAUCUAUGUAUCCAUUAUCGCCAUAUCAACUUGCUCGUCGAGCACAGCGAUGUUUGCAUAGAGAUCAACCACGUGACUUAGAUGAAGUGAUAUCCCUUCAUUAUGAUGCACUAGUAUACUACAACGCCGGGCAUGCUUCCCGAGGGCAAUUGCUAGGGAAUCUGGCUGUAAUGCUGCAAACUCGGUUCGAGCGUCGAGGCGAAGACAAAGAUUUAGAUCAAGCUAUCGCAUUUGAGACAGAAAUGCUGGCUUUGCGCCCAGUUGGCCACCCAGGUCGAUUCAUAGCAUUGAAUAACCUUGCGACUCAACUCUCCACCCGCUUUGAGCACCGAGGCAACAACGAAGAUUUGGAUGGGGCUACCGCACUUAACAGGGAAGCGCUGGCUUUGUGCCCGGUCGGUCACACAUAUCGGUCCAAGGCAUUACAUAACCUUGCGAGUCAUCUCUCCUCCCGCUUUGAGCACCGAGGCAAUGACGAAGACUUAGAUGGGGGUAUCACACUUUAUAGGCAGGCGCUGGCCUUGUGCCCGAUCGGUCACCCAGAUCGGUCUAUGUCAUUAAACAACCUUGCGAUUCAACUCUCCUCCCGCUUCAAGCACCGAGGCAAUGACGAAGACUUAGAUGAGGCUGACGCACUUCAUAGGGAGGCGCUGGCCUUGCGCCCGGUCGGCCACCCAGAUCGGUUUAUGUCAUUAAAUAAUUUCGCAGCUCAACUCUCCACCCGCUUUGACCACCGAGGCCACGACAAAGACUUAGACGAGGCUAUCGCACUUCACAGGGAAGCUCUGGUCUUGUGCCCGGUCGGUCACCCAGAUCGGGUCAUGUCAUUAAUUAACCUUGCGAAUCAACUCUCGGACCGCUUUGAGCACCGGGGCAACAACGAAGACUUGGAUGAGGCUACCGCACUUGACAGGGAAGCGCUGAUUUUGCUCCCGGUCGGUCAUCCAGAUCGGUCCAAGUCAUUAAAUAAUUUUGCCAAUCGACUCUCCUCCCGCUUUGAGCACCGAGGCAAUGACGAAGACUUAGAUCAGGCUAUCGCAUUUCGCAGGGAAGCGUUGGCCUUGCACCCAGUGGGUCACAUAGGUCUGUCCAUGUCAUUAUAUAACCUCGCUACUCAACUCUCCUCCCGCUUUCGCCACCGAGGCAACGGAGAAGACUUAGAUCAGGCUAUCACACUUCAUAGAGAAGCUCUGGCCUUGCGCCCGGUCGGUCACACAAAUCGGCCUUCGUCAUUAAUUAACCUUGCAAAUCAACUCGGGACCCGCUUUGCGCACCAACGCAAUGGAAAUAAAGAAGACCUCGAGGAGGCACGAGAGAACUUCCAUUGUGCAUUAGCUCUAUUGACGCAACAUGAUCCUCGUCGAUCAGCAGUCCAUGCUUCCCUCGCUGACGUCUAUCUAUCAUUCUAUUUUUUUUCAGGGCUUGACGACACUGGCACGGUUGAAUAUACGGAGAGUCUCGAAACUGCCAUGCAUCAUCUCAAGGCAGCAGCAAGCGUUGUCUCUGCAGGCUUGCUAUCCCGCCUGCGAGCAAGUCUACGCUGGGUUCGCUGUGCUGAUCAACACGGACAUGGCACCCAACUGGAGGCUUAUACGACUUUCAUGCAACUUCUGGACGCUUACAUGUCCACGACAGCUUCGGUAUCAUCUCGUCACAAAAUCAUGAAGGACUUCCCAAGUACCCUCGCCCUGGAUGCUGCAUCUUGUGCUCUUCGUAGUGGUGAUGUGUGUCGUGCUGUUGAGUUGUUGGAGCAAGGCAGGACUAUCAUCUGGACCCAGAUGACACGACUCCGCACCCAUCUCGACAACCUUCAGACUCACGGCGAUCAUGCAGUGGCCCUGAUGAAGAGAUUCCGAGACCUCAGCUCCCUCCUCGAUAAACCUCCUGCAAACCGUGCAGAAGCAACCUCCAGAGUCGCUAUAGAAGCAGAGGAAACCCGGUACAGACGUCUGGUGGAGGACUGGAAUGGAACAGUAGAAGAAAUCCGGAAGAUUGAGGGCUUCUCUCGCUUCCUCCUUCCACCCUUAUUCUCCGAUCUUCCAGAUGCAGCUCGUGAUGGGCCUAUCAUCAUGCUCAUCGCAAGCGAGUCGUCCUGCAACGCCAUUAUCAUCACGCACAAGCAACCUCCGACUAGCAUUCAACUCGCUACCAAUUUGCAAAAACUCAUCAAAUUGGUACUCGAUUUCCAAGAGGCAGUUGAAAAAGAGGCCGGUCCCAAAGGGAACCAAACAGCGCUGAUAAAAGCUUUGAGAGAGUUGUGGGACGUCGUCGUCUGCCCAGUCGUCGAGAAUCUGAACGGAUUUGCACGACGAGGUUCCCGAAUAUGGUGGUGCCCGACGUCUCUAUUCAAUUUCUUGCCGUUGCAUGCUGCUGGCGAGUACAGGGCACAGGGAAAGUCCCUUUCACAGCAGUAUAUUUCCUCAUACACGCCAUCGCUCACCGCGCUGAUCAAGGCGCGCAGAAGUCAUCAUAGGUCCCCAUCAGUUCCCUUCGUUGCCGUUGGUCAGGAUUUCCCAGCUGGUGCCUCGUUCAUUUUGGAUGCUGUGGAACCUGAGCUAGAAUUGGUGCGGAGACUUUUGCCCCCUCCCCCAACCGUUUCCUUUUCCAAAGUAACCAGUGUUGAUGCCACCAAAUCGCGAGCACUGCGCGCAUUGCGGGACAAUACUUGGAUUCAUCUCGCGUGUCACGGCACACAGAGAUUUGACGAACCCUUCAAGUCGGCCUUUCUCAUGCGCGACCAGCCGCUUUCGCUCCUUGACAUCGCACAAAUGAAUCUAUCUCGGCAUGAAUUUGCAUUUCUUUCUGCCUGUCAAACUGCAGUUGGUGCCUUUAGCACGCCUGACGAAGUGAUACACCUAGCGGCUGGCCUGCAAUUUGCUGGGGUUAAUAGCGUCGUCGGGACAUUAUGGAAGGUCACAGAUAGCACCGUGCAUCGCUUAGUUGAGGCAUUCUACAACAAACUUUGUGGGGAUGGCCCGAUGAAUUCCAAACGAGCUGCCUGGGCGCUGCACCAAGCGGUUCAGUCGUUGGCGUCUGACAAGGAGAAUACAAUGACCCUGGACCAGCGCAUAGUGUUCGUGCAUAUCGGCAUAUGA